AUGGCAAGCAAAAAAAACUAUAUUGUUUUAGAUGACGGGACUUUGUUCUAUUCAAAUCUCGAGGAAGAUGAUGUGACCACAUUCAACCAGAAUGCUUGGACGUGCGGAAUGGAAGGGAAAGUGAAUGAAGAAAGCAAAUUCAGAUGGGCUGAAAAUGUAAAGACACAAUUGAAUAAAAUUGAUA